AUGAAGUCGAAGAGAAGUUCCCUGCAUGGAAGUUUGCACGGCACCAUGGCAGAGAAGUACUCACUAGGACCGUCUCCUGAGGAGUGGGGGAUCUCCCUUUACUCUAGAGAAGCCGACGAUGAUCUACACGACCCGAGAGCCCAGUUGGAGCCUUCGAAGAUUCUGACCAUGAGGGCUCUCGUUAACAUUGGCUGUCUCAUGCUUCUUUUGAUCGGAUGCUUCGCUCUUUUUGUUGCUUAUCCAGUAGUUUCGCAUUAUUUACGCCAGAGUCAAUCUUUCCAGGGUGGUUUCAACCUUGGAGGGAUCAACGCAUCAGGGCAGGUCCCUGAGAUCUCUAGUAACGGGGGUCUCAUCGACAAAGACACCCCUAGAGAAGCGUAUACGAGGCCUUCAUACCAGGACCCCACACAAGACAUGGUUUUGGUGUUUUCUGACGAGUUCAAUACCGAUGGACGAACCUUUUACCCAGGCGACGACCCCUAUUGGGAAGCAGUUGACCUUCAUUAUUGGGGAACUGUCGACCUUGAAUGGUAUGAUCCUAUGCAAGCCACAACAUCCGAUGGGUACCUUCGACUGAGAAUCGAUAAAGUCGACGACAUCGCUGACAAUCACAACCUACAAUAUCGGUCGGGCAUGAUCCAAUCAUGGAAUAAGUUCUGUUUCACUGGAGGCAUUAUUGAAGCUGGAAUUAUUCUUCCUGGAUCAAACAAUGUCAGCGGUCUUUGGCCUGCACUAUGGACUAUGGGAAAUCUAGGCCGGGCAGGGUUCGGAGGCAGUUUAGACGGAGUAUGGCCUUACACUUACGACUCCUGCGAUGUCGGCACUCUUGCAAAUCAGACGUACCCACCAUCUCUUUCCUCCUCACCUGACAUAACAACACCAGCUGCAGCUAUUAUUGGCGGAGAUCCAAACUACAACGGACAAUUGUCUUUGCUACCUGGACAAAAACUCUCUGCUUGUACGUGUCCUGGAGAGGCUCACCCUGGACCCAUUCGGCCAGACGGCACUUUUGUUGGUCGCUCCUCUCCCGAAAUCGAUGUACUGGAAGCUAUAGUCAAUAAUGGUGUCGGUCAGGCAUCUUUGUCUGCACAAUGGGCUCCAUUUGACGCUGGAUAUAUCGUGAGCAAUUCCACAGACAACAUAAUUAUUCAGAACGUCGACACCAUCAAGAAUACCUUCAUCGGAGGAGCUUUCCAGCAAACUACAAGUGGAUUAGCAACGACAAGCCAAGAAUGUUACGAACUUGGGUCUCAAUGUUCAUCAGUGUAUGGUUUCGAGUACAAACCUGGGUUUGACGACGGGUACAUCACUUGGGUCAGUUCUGGACAGCUAUCCUGGACGCUCAAAGGACCUGCGAUGGGUGCAAACACGGAGAGCGAGAUCAGCCAACGUCCGAUCUCUUCAGAGCCAAUGUACAUCAUUGCCAAUCUUGGUCUCUCCCUUGGGUUUGGGACAGUCGACUUUGAUAACCUGAUAUUCCCUGCCACCAUGAGUAUCGAUUAUAUCAGAGUGUACCAGCCAGCCGAUUCAUUGAACGUCGGAUGUGACCCCAAAGACUUCCCCACAGCGAAGUACAUUGAAACCUUCCAACGAGCGUAUACAAACGCCAACCUUACUGACUGGGCAGAUGUGCAAGAGCCGUGGCCAAAAAAUAGGUUGAUAGACACCUGUUGA